CUCUUUACAUACUUGAUCUCGAUCGCCUAUCAGGUCUGGAGUUGGAAUGUGCAGUGCCUAAGAAGGUGAACGCAGUGACGAAGUUGAUGUUACAGCUGCAAUGCUGAGUUGAAGAGAACAUGCCAGAGACAUAAUCGCAAUGUCCCAGUCUUCUGAUACCUGGGUACGUACCUGCGGCGUUGCGAAAAGAGCACGUGCUAGCGCGAAAGCGCGUCUCGUGUCAAAGGCGUACCUGCUAGAAAGCAGCCUUGUCUAGGACAGCAAACUACGCACCCACAACAGCGAGAUCUACUUCCGCAACAAACCCUUGAGCUGAAAAGCGACUGAAGUUUAGACAUGUCCGAUAGUAGGAAAAGAUCAAAAGCCAACGAUAAAGACGUCUCGCCUCCCGCAAAAAGGCGGCAACAAUCACAUACGACCAAUAAAGCAGUUGCCAGUUUCUUCACUCCUGCGUCCAAAAAAGAGCCGGAAAAAAUGACCUGGAGAAUCGUGAAGAACAGUCUCCUUAUCGGGCGACAAAACACUGUGACUGCAGUUCAAGCAUCCAGGUCGCCAAGACGCAGAAUAGCCGCUUUUGACUUCGACUCAACUUUAGUAACAACUGCAUCUGGAAAGAGAUUUGGCCGCGAUGCCAGCGAUUGGAAAUGGUGGCACAGCAGCGUUCCAGGAAAGCUCAGGCAACUCCACGAGGAAGGAUACCUUCUUGCGAUAAUAAGCAACCAAGGUGGUAUCAGCCUCAAGCCAGAUCCGAAGACAGUCAAGUCAGACCAGAAACGAUUGGCAGAUUUCAAGAGCAAGGUCUCAGCGGUCUUCAGCCAGCUAGACCUACCAGUCUCUUUGUAUGCCGCCACGGGUCGCGAUGAAUACCGCAAACCGCGUGUUGGGAUGUGGCGAGAACUGUUGGAAGACUAUGAUCUUGAGGAUGUGGAGUCUGUUGAUCUCGAGGAAUCCUUCUUUGUUGGCGACGCUGGUGGGCGCGAGGCUGUGAGCGGCACAUCUGUGAAGGACCACUCAUGUGUUGACAGGGAUUUUGCAUCCAACAUCGGAUUGCCGUUCCAGACACCAGAGGAGUAUUUCCUGCACGAACCCUCGCAGCCAUUUGUGAGGGGCUUCGAGCCAGCCACAUUCGUGAAUCCGCCGGCUGAGAGCUCAACAUCUGCAAAUCCUAUCAUUACGAAGACUGACGUCCCGGAUAUUAUUCUUCUUGUCGGCAGCCCUGGCGCUGGCAAGUCAUCAUUCUAUUGGAAGCAUCUGCAGCCACUGGGAUACAUCCGAGUAAACCAAGACAUUCUUAAGACUCGCGAGAAAUGCGUGAAAGCCGCCACGGCGCUCAUCGACGAAGGAAAACAUGUGGUGGUUGACAAUACCAAUGCCGAUCAAGAUGUACGUGCCGUAUGGGUAAAUCUUGCGAAGAAAUACUCAAUGCCAAUUCGCUGCGUACUCUUUACAGCAUCGGCUAAGCUGUGCGAACACAACGACACUUAUCGGGCAUUGAAUCUCGGUUCAGAAACCAAUCCCGAGAACAGGAUCAUGCUGCCGAAACUUGCGUUCACGAGCUUCGCGUCAAGAUACCGUGCGCCAAUGUUGGAGGAGGGCUUCGGGGAGAUUAUUAAGAUAGAUUUCGAGUUCACUGGUUCCGAUGCCCAGAAGAUUUUAUGGAGCAAGUACUGGAUAUAAGUGGGGAAAGAAGGUUCCACGUAGAAACUCAAUGCUAGGAUAAUCCUGAUGUCAGAAUAAUUCCUGGUGCAAGCGCUGACGACGACUCGCUGCGCCUGGUGUUAUUGCAUCAGUUCGAAAUCGCCAAUUGGUCUUCAUUUGCUGCAGGGCAAUACGAAGCUGCAAACG